UGGCUUCUGCUCACACAGACUAACGACUGCAACCUACUGAGCUGAUGUGUACUAACCUAUAUUAUCUUCUUUAAUUAUCAUGUUUCUUUAUUUAAGGGCCACCUUGAAUAGUCACUGCUUAUAUAAUCAUAUAUUUAGUUAUGCAGCAAGGAGGAUUUUUUUUUUUUCUUAAUUUUUUUUUUACUGAUUUAAAAAACCUAAUGGGCUUCAAACAUGUAAAAUUCAAUAGGCCUGUCACAUUAGCUUUUUUUUUCAUUUGGACAAUGCACUGUCCUGAAAAUAAUUGCAAUAAAUGAUAAUAGUUUUGAUCUGUAGAUAAUUUUGAUCCAGUAAAAUAAUCUUAAUAUAAUAGCAUAAUAAUGCAAUUGCACUCAUUAAAAAAACAAACAAACAAACAAGUAUUUGUAAAUAUUCUAAAUAAAUAGAACUUAAAUAAAAUAAGUAUGCUGUUUUUUGGUCAGCAUACCAACUUGUCUAUAGUAAUAUUGUCUCCUUGCUAAGAAAAAAUUCGGCCAACAGCAGUUUAUAUUAAAACACGCAGAGUCAUGUUGGAAGUUAUAAGGAGUGUUUCACCCCAUAAAACUUUUUUAAUGGAACCUCAAAACAGAGUUGUUGUUUACAUAUCAGUCUUAAACACACAGACGGAAAGAAAUCCUGUUGACUUCUAAGAGAUAUACAACUCUGAAAAAAAAAUUAAGAGACCACUUCUGAAUCAGCUUUUCUGAUUUUACUAUACUAUAUCUACUAUUGAUAUAUGUUUGAGUAAAAUGAACAUUGUUGUUUUAUUUAAUAAACUACAGACAACAUUUGUCUCAAAUUCCAAAUAAAAAUAUUGUCAUUUAGAGCAUUUAUUUGCAGAAAAUUAGAAAUGGCUAAAAUAACAAACAAGAUGCAGAGCUUUUAGACCUCAAAUAAUGCAAAGAAAAGAAAGUUUUAAUAGAUCAGAAAUCAGUAUUUGGUGGAAUGACCCUGGUUUUUAAUCACAGCUUUAAUGCAUCUUAAUAUGUUUUUCACUAGUCUUACACACUGCUUUUGGAUAACUUUAUGCCACUCCUGGUGCAAAAAUUCAAGCAGUUCAGCUGAUGGCUUGUGAUCAUCAAUCUUCCUCUUGAUUGGUCAAAUCAAAGAAACGUAUCAUUUUUAAGUGGUCUCUUAUUUUUUCCAGAGCUGUAUAAAAAUAUAUAUAAACUUUCAGAAUGCUGGAUAAGAAACCUUUAAAGUGUUUGUUAUUUUGCACAUUUAUAUCGAAACAUAUUAAACUUAGGUGGCCCUGUAGCAGUGCAUACCUGUAUUCCUGUAGCAUCACUUUCAUGCAAUUCUACUGUACUUGCCUCCUCUUCACUUGCUUUGUCCUCUUGUACACUGUGCAUACUCUAUCCCUGUCCUCUCGCAUGCUCUGAAACCUGCUCUCUCUUUCCUUUCACUCGACUGUAGCCCACCCAUGCAGCCCCUCACAGUUGCUCAACCGAGAUCCAGACCCUUCAUGUUUGAGCCCCCUGAUUUCUGGCCCAGGCCGGACCCUACCUCAGGCCCUAGCCUCAUUAAGUGUGAGAAACGUCCCCUCCGGGGGCGCGAGCACCCCAUGGACCCCUACAACGUGUCUGAGGACAUCCUUCCUGAUUUGGAAAACGACGACAUGUUUGCGCGCCGCACCAGUGCCUUCCACACCAGCAGCGAGCUGGCCUGGCAGAAGUAUGGGAACUUCUUCACCUCACACCGCAGGAGAGAGCCUGACAUCAGAGUGGUCACCCAGCCACGCCGCGAGGAGCCGAUAUACCCCGACAUCGAGAGAGAUGAUGUGCUCUACCGCAGAGUCCAGCUCCAGUACGCACAGCGUCCUCUAUCAGGAGCGCCCGACAACUACAACCCUGUGCCUCUUCCAGAGCCCUGGACUCUACCUCCAAUGCUUCAGGCCAGGCUGCUGUGUCCUCCAUGCCCUCCAUGUCCUCCAUCACAAGAGCAGCCAAAGCUACCAGAGAGGCAGAGCCAGGAGGAGCACAAUAAAGCUGAUGAUAUGCUGGUGAGGAAGCUGAGGAUGAUGCAGGUCCAGGGCACAUGCAGUCCGUCUGGGGCCGGUCAGGGAUCAUCUGUCACUCAAACAGGCCCCAGCAUACCUUCAUCCUGCAGCGAGGAGGACCUGCGGAAAAUGCAGGCCAUCAGAGAGGCUAGCCGCCUGAGAUACAAGAAGAGACUGAUAGCCGAGAGACUAGGCUUCUGAGUGUGUGGUAGACAUGUCCCUGCCAGUCCCUGCUCAUUUCUGUGGAUCAUGGUACAGCCCAUGUGCUCAUCAUAUUGCUUAUAUUUCAGCCCAUUUGUAGCAUAAUGAAGUUUGUUUGUUUACGUGUGCCUUUGGUUGACUGUUAUGCAUUAGUAGGUUUUAUUUUGAAAGAGUAGAAAAAAGAUUGUCUAUAUUUUCAGUUCAAAUGUCAUUGAGAAUUACUCAGACAUUUGAUACAACAACAAGGGUAAUUUAUUUAGUAUUUAUUAACCAUUUUAACUAUUUAUUUUCUUAUUUAAUUUAAUCUAACUUAUUUUAAUGUAGCUUUAUUUAUUUAUUAAACUGCAUUGCUAACAUUAUGUCAUAUUAGGGCUUAAUGAUAUGGACAAAGUUUACAUCAAGCUAUAAUUUAUUCGGUCAGUAGGGCUGCAACAAUUAUUCGCUAUAAUUGACAAUGACAAUUAUUUCAAUGUGUCAAAUAAUAAUAAAUUAAAUUGUCGACUUAUAGUUCAUUUGUAUCAGUACACAAAGUGCUGGGUAAAGAAAUGCAGUGUCUGUCUAUUUUUUUUUUAUUUUGUUUAUAUGUCCUCCCCUGAGAAUAAUGCAUUAUUAUAGAGUGAAAAAAAAAGAUGAGAGAUGGGUAACAGGCUAACUCAUAGUUUACACUCCACUUAGUCUCUGUCUCUAAAAGUGACAUAAUACAUAUUUAAUCACUAAAUAUCAGUACUUUCCAUGUUUAAAGAACCUCUAGACAUUUAAAUGAUGUUUUGAUCACUUUUAGAGAUGAACAACAAGGCAUAAAUAAUCGCUGCCUAAUCGACUAAUAAAAAAAAUUAACCAUUAGAUUAGUCGACUACCAGAAUAAUCAAUAGUUGCCGCCCUAUCUGACAGUACAGUCUAAUUUUGAUAUUGAAACAAACAAUCUAAAAGCCACGGAAAAACUGCGAAGAACACCCACAAUGAAUGUCUGCAAUUACAAACCUCUAUUACUCAAAUAAAAUGCCACUAAAUAAAUAUAAAUAUAAAUAAAGUGCCCUGUUUUAAAAAGCCAGUGGCAAAUACUAUAAAUAAUGUCUAUUGAAAUAUCAGAAUUGUGUUUUAAAUCAUAUAAUCAGUAUUAAAGCAUUUUAUAUCACAAAAUAAGCAUUUUCAUACUGAACUGUUUAUUUGCCCAGCCAGUGCCAUAGAUGAAGACUUGAUUUAUUAAGAAUGCAUGAGUUUGAAUUUGCCAUUGUAACAUAAAAAAAGGAUGUUUAUUUUAUUGUUUAUGAUUUAUCAUACUGUUUUUUUCUUUUCUUUUCUUUUGAUCUUUUUUCUUGAUUGCCUGUAUGUUACAUUGUUUGUUUGUCUGGUAAAUAAAAUGAGUUAUUGAAA